AUGGCGGCCAUUGCCUGGUGGCUGCUGCUGGUGAUGCCGGUGGGGGCCGAGCCGCUGGGCGUCUGCAUGAGGUCUGCACACCACAAGCCAAAGCCGAGCCCUGAGGACCAGCUCUACGAGGAGUGUGCCCCCUGGAAAGCCAACGCCUGCUGCACAGCCAACACCAGCUGGCUGGCACAUCUGGACGUGUCCCCGCUGCUGGGCGCCAGCCUGUCCCACUGCGGGCUGCUGGCCCCUGACUGCCGGCGCCACUUCACACGGGCCCUGUGCUUCCUGCACUGCUCCCCCAACCUGGGGCCCUGGAUCAGACCUGAGCCCGGUGCUCUGCAGGCGCGGCGGGCGGCAGGCGUCCCGCUCUGCAAGGAGGACUGCGAGCAGUGGUGGGAGGACUGCCGCUCCGCUUCCACCUGCAAGGACGACUGGCUGCACGGUUGGCACCGGAGCGGGGGGAGGACCCGCUGCCCACCGGGCGCCUCGUGCCGGCCCUUCCCGCGAGUGUUCCCGGGCCCGGCUGCGCUGUGCGGGCGGCUGUGGGGCGGCACCUUCCGGGCCAGCGGCGAGCCCCGGGGCAGCGGGCGCUGCCUGCAGACGUGGUUCCCGCCGGGCACGGACCCCAACUCGGCGGUGGCCCGGGGCUGCCCCUGCCCCAGCCCCGCCGCCCCGCUGCUGGCCCUGCCCCUGCCCCUGCUGCUGCCCUGGCUCUCCUGAGCGCCCCGCACUGUGCCCGCAGCCCCGAGCCCGGCUCCCAGCAGCCGCCGGAGCCCCAGCCCAGCCGGGCGGAGACAGCCUGCAGAGGAGCUGCCCACAUGGGCCUGGAGAAGGAGACCGAGGGUCAGGCUGCACCGGAGCGGGGCGCCUUGGCGG